AUGUGCAAUGUUCUUGAUGUCUCUAUUAACAAUCCUGCAUCACUGACACCAAUGUUCUCUGAAGUUAAGAAUACCAGAAAGGAGAGGAUCAAUCUUAGAAUAAUUAACGACAAUGAAGUAAUUAGUGACUGGCCACGUCUGCUAGGUGAUGCUUUGGCAGAAAACACAUCACUUACCAUGCUGGAUCUUACAGUGAGCAACUACACAAUGAAUCCAGGAAUAUGGAAAGACCUCGGGGAUAGUUUGCUGCGAAGUUCUUCAUUAACAUUUUUAAGUCUCACAAUCAGCAACUACAGUAACAUUGCAGAAGGUUGGGAAUGCAUGCUGAUCAACAGGUUGGCGAAAAUGGAGUCAUUAACUACACUUAGUCUCUCAAUUGACGAUCGUGGCAAGGUGGGGAAAUUUGAAGAAGAUUUGAUGGCAGUGAAGUCCUUGUCUACACUUUCCAUCGUAAUCAACGGUAGUGAGUUAACUUAUUUUUGGGGUGAAUUUCUGAGAAAAUGUUUGGAAGAAAGCACUUCACUAACAAAACUCAGCCUUACAAGCAACAACUAUAAGGAGAAAAAUAACAGUGCCACGUUCUAUUAUCACCCUUCUGACGAUUCAAAAGAAAUGCCUGUGACUUUGGUAAAAGGUCUCCGUUUUGGACUGGCAAGUACCUCAUCUUUAAAGGAACUAGUCAUUAUCCUUAACCACAUCACCUGUAGUUAUUUUGACUGGGAAGAGAUAUUAAUUAAAGGACUCUCAGUGAACAAUUCAAUAGCGUCCCUUACUGUUACAGUCAGUGGUUACGAAUACUUCAGCUGCGUAUCGUGGUUAGGCCCUCUGAAAGAAUGUUUAGCAGAAAACAAGACAUUAAGUACACUCAUGCUGACAGUAAAUGACAUCAGUAAAGGUGAACAGCAUAAUGACUGGCGAUCUCUAUCAACACCUUGUGAUUGUCCAGAAAACACAUCAUUAACUGAUGUCAAUCUAACAGUCAACAUCCGCAGUGAAGUAAGGGAAGACUGGUUACCAAGCAUUUGUGACUAUUUAAUGAUGAACUGCUCCUCCCUGAGAACAGUGAGAUUGCAAGUCAACAACCGUUGCGCUUCAAGCAAAAGUCGUAUAUAUGACUUAAGCAAAGUUCGGUUAAAAUACCGAUCAUUAUCCACAUUUGAACUCUCUGUAACUUUCUAUGGAGAGUAA